UUUUCCGGCUCCUCUCAGCUGAAGCCCGUCUGCCGCCGCUUAUUAUUGCCUGCUCGCGCUCCCGGUACCGUCUCCGCCGCCGCUUCACGCCUCUGCCCGCACGGUUUAAACUGAUGCUCAGCUUCACGGCGGAGCGCUGCUGUCAGGUUGACCCUAUGGACAGCCGGACGGUGACGACCAUGGAGCUAAAGCCGUGCAUCGAGUACCACGACCUGGAGGCUGCCGAGGCACUGGUCAGCAUGAGCUUCUGGGGUCAAAGGUCGCACAAGCCACGCCCACUGACCCCCACCUCCGACUCUUGUGACUCCAUCCAUCUCCACCCGGAGGGUGGGGACACACCCAAAGACCUGAUCGCUCUGUCCUCACUUUGUAUGACUCCACCUCACAGUCCGAGCUUUGCUGAGGCCUCCACCACCACCUCCGCUAUGAGCCCCGUCUGCAGCACAGUCUUACCCCGCCCUGGCCCCGCCCCCCUCAGUGACUCCCUCACCUGCCUCCCACAGCCCUCCUCCCCCUUCACCUCAGACACCUCAGCACUUCCACCUCAGGCAGAGUCGUCCUGCGUGGCUCCAUCCAGCAGAGCGAUGGCCACCAGCGUCAUCCGCCACACUGCCGACCCCCUCCACAUUCGUCCUCCUCCUCCACCUCCCUCCACCACUAAUCCGACAGAAACCUCCACGCCGCCUCAGCCGGGACUUCCAGAGAUUCUUCCAGAGGAGAAGGACGGACCUCCUCCGUCUCCUGACAGCCCGUCCUCUCCUCCCUCCUCAGCGUCGCCUCCUCACUCCUCCCCCCUGCCUUCAUCCUCCUCUUCCACUCCGGUCUCUUCCUCUCCGGUCCUCUGCCAGGUCUUCCCGCUGAGCAGCCGGACGGGGAUGAUCUCUGCCUUCGUCCAGGGUCCGGUUCAGGUGCAGACUCAUGGGGGGCCCAAGCCCAUCCUGCCCCAGUCUCCUUCCAGCUUUGCCCAGCCUCUGCUGGUGGGUUCCACCGUGACACAGGGGACUGUGAUGUUCGUGGUCCCCCAGCAGCACCUUCCCCAGCCGCCGCAAGGCCCGCAGACUGUCAUGACCCUCGGUAAUACCAAGCUCCUCCCCCUGGCCCCGGCUCCCAUUUACAUGCCGACCGGAGCGAGCGGCGGCACCUCGCAAGCCGACUUCUCCCGCAGACGAAAUUAUGUCUGCAACUUCCCCGGCUGCAAGAAGACCUACUUCAAGAGCUCACACCUGAAGGCUCACCUGCGCACACACACAGGUGAAAAGCCAUUCAGCUGUCACUGGGAAGGCUGCGAUAAAAAGUUUGCCCGCUCCGACGAGCUUUCCCGCCACCGCCGGACACACACUGGCGAGAAAAAGUUUGUGUGCAACGUGUGCGACCGCCGCUUCAUGCGCAGCGACCACUUGACCAAACACGCCCGGCGGCACAUGACCACCAAAAGGACGUCCUCGUGGCCUGCCGAAACCCGGGACCUCAACAAAGUGGCCCUGCCCAAAGGCCAAAAUAGAGGCUCUGCACUUCCUGUCGGCAUGCUGGUCCCCACAGCCAACUAAGACACUCAGUCAGGAGCCCCCAGGGGCCACUCGAGGGCGGGGCUCCACAUCAGGAGGAUCUUUUGUGCUCUACAAAUCGCUCGGCUGGCGAACACAGUGAAGAUGUUCACUGGGCUCCGGCUACGUUUACAUGAACAACAGGGUCAUUAACACACAGUCUGCUCUCAUUAACAAACGCUAGUUAAGAUGGCCGCCAUAUUAAACAGGUUACUGUGGCGUGAUCCACCGACAGACUCAUUAACCGACACACCAGCGCCCCCAAGAGGCCGAAAUGGUCAUUACACCCCAGAAAACCGUUGGCAGGAUUAAAAGAAAAGUUUGUCCUGAAGGUGGCGUCAGAGGAAAGGUCAUGAAAUCAGAAGGCUUUGUCGUCUGUACGUUGGCCUUUUUAGGACAUUUCAGGCUACAUUGUCAGCUGUAACUGCAGCUGCAUGCUAACAUUAGCAAAUUAGCAUUAUGUUUUUUUACAUGUCAUGUUGAUAUGCUGAUGUUUAGCAUGUUAACAAGCUCACAGUUAGCAUGUGUAUGCUAACAUUUAGUAAGAUAACCAUAGCAUGUAAUCUAUUAGCAUGCUAACAUGCCAACUUUAAUAUGCUGUACAUUAGCAUGCUAAUGUUAGCAUGUUAGCAAAUUAGCAAUUUUUUUUACGUCAUAAAAUGUUAACAUGCUAAACAUCAGCAUGUUAACUAGCUUACAGUUAGCAUGUGUAUAUGCUAACUUUUAGUAAGAUAACCAUAGCAUGUAAUCUAUUAGCAUGCUAACUUGCCAACUUUAAUAUGCUGUACAUUAGCAUGCUAAUGUUAGCAUGUUAGCAAUUUUUUUACAUGUCAUAAAAAUGUUGACAU